AUGGAAACUCUCUACACCGGACACAUUCACGGAUUUCCGCCGGCCGCCAACGUUUCCUACGGAACGCUGAGUACGACCUGGGGCUCCCAGGGAGGGUUGAUAGCCCUCGGCGUCGUGCUGGGGAGCUCCGUCAGCCUGGUGGGGCUGGCCUUUGCCUUCAUCACGUACAGCUUAUUUUCCGACCUGAAAUCGCUGGCCGGUACGGUUCUGCUGAGCCUUUUGGCGUCUCUCUUCAUGAGCCAGCUGCUGUUUGUGAUCGGCGUGGGAGGCGUUCAGGACACCGAGCUGUGCCUGUCGCUGUCGUUGGCUUUGCUGUUCAUGAAACUGGCCUCGAUGUGCUGGCUUUGCUGCUGCUGUCACCACGCCCUGGUACUGUUCCGAUCCAGCACUAAUCUCAAUCCGAACCCCGAGCCGAGCAUGGGUCGUGCCUUAGCACAUUACAGUUUGCUGUCCUGGGGCUUUCCGCUGCUCAUGCUGGGAGUAGCCGCCGCCUUCAAGUACAAGGAACGGGACGUAAAGGUAACCGGUGCCCAGGUGAUCGCCCAAAUCGUGCACGAUCUGAAUGGGGACAGCCAUUGCUGGCUGAUGGAAGGACCGGCCUACGUUUGGGGCUUUCUCGUGCCGGCCGUGGUGCUGCUGUUCGCCGGGUUCUACCUAGCCUGCCAGGGCGGGGGAGCAGUCAAGAUAGCGGCCGCACUGCAAGUGGACUCCCGUGCCAAGAACAAAUUGGUCAAAAAGCGAGGACUCCAGAUUGGACUUUUUUUCAAGAUCCUAAUCGUCCUGUCAACGGUGGUAUUCCUGGGAGCGAUUGCAUCGGUAUGGGACAUUGUGGAAUUCUGGUCCAUCUACAGCUUCGCACAAGGCAUACAGGGACUGGUGAUAGCGAUGCUGGUGUCCUGCAACUGUAAGGUGUUGAAACUGUACUCGGCUCCGCACAGUCAAAAGACGCGGCGCGGCACCUAUCGUAGCCUCAAGGACGGCGAAGGAGGCCGUUACGGUGUCCUCUCGGUAACGAAUCCGAACUACGAAGACUUACCGCCGCAGGCGCCACCCGGAGCAACGGCUUUCAACCCAUUCAUGGCGGAAGCGGAGGACAGUCCGUCACCGGCGCACAGCUACGUUAAGAUGGCCUACCGAGAGCGGAACUUUGUCGAUCGGAACGAUUGCGUCGUACCGUCGGCCCUGGAUUGUGCUUUCGCCGGUGAACUGUCCACGUCGCUGGCGAUCGACGAGAUCCCACGCAGCCCACUGCCGGCUUCGGUAUGA